CUACCUUAGCAGUGUCAACGCCAUAUAAAAGGGACUCAAGACCAGGGAAAUUCGGUUCAUUGUCCAUCUAACAGUCAUUGCGAGCUCUCGUUCCUUCCUACCUUCAUUAUAUUCUCCGUGGUAUUGUUUUUCUCUCCCCUCCUCAAACAGCAGCACUUGUCAACAUGGCUACUCUCGCCGGCCAGGUCGUUAUCAUUACCGGAGGAUCCAAAGGCAUCGGCAAAGCCACGGCUCUCCGUGUGGCCCGGGACGGCGCCAAGGUAGUCAUUCAGUACCACUCGGACGACCAGGGAGCGCAGGAGGUGGUCGACACCAUCGGCGAGGAGAAUGCCUUAGCCGUCAAAGGCAACGCCGCCAGUGUGACCGACUCCGAGGAGCUCAUCCGUCGCACGCUGGAGAAAUUCGGCCAGAUUGAUGUCCUCAUUGCCAACGCGGGGACCCUACCAUACAAGGAUCUUGCGAGUACUUCGGAGGAAGACUUUCAGGCAUGCGUGGAUCUCAAUGUCAAAGGCCCAUACUUCCUGGUCCAGAAAGCGGUGCCACACCUGCGGCCCGGCGCCCGGAUCAUCCUGGUCUCCACCACGCUCUGUCAUGCCUCCACCGUCAACCCGCGCUAUCUCCUCUACUUGACCACCAAGGGCGCCGUGGAACAAAUGGUCCGCGUGCUGUCCAAGGAGUUGGGCCCGAAGGAGAUCUCCAUUAAUGCGAUCGCCCCCGGCCCCACCGAUACCGCUCUGUUCAGUAAGGGCAUGAAUCCCGCGGUGCUGGCGGCUGUGAAGAAUCUCAUUCCCCGUGGGCGGCUCGGCACUCCAGAAGAAGUGGCCGAGGCGAUGGCAUUUUUCAGUUCCCCCGCCAGUGGAUGGGUGUCAGGUCAGAUCUUGCGAGUGAAUGGGGGAAUGGCCUAGAUCCGGACUGGGAAUAAGCAGAUAGGAGUGUAUGUAAUCGUGCAAUGAAUUGACUAAUUUUGACUGUA